GAGGGCUGUACGUCAUUUCCGUCCAGGCCGGAACUCAAGAUGGCUGCGCUCUUGCUGAGACACGUUGGCCGUCAUUGCCUCCGAGCCCACCUUAAUUCUCAGAUCUGUCUCAGAAAUGCUGUUCCUUUGGGAACCACAGCCAAGGAAGAGAUGGAGCGGUUCUGGAAUAAGAACACGAGUUCAAAACGUCCUGUUUCUCCCCACCUCACUAUCUACAGAUGGUCUCUUCCCAUGGUAAUGUCCAUUUGCCACCGUGGCACUGGUGUGGCCUUAAGUGGAGGGGUCUCUCUUUUUGGCCUGUCGGCACUGCUGCUUCCUGGGAACUUUGAAUCUUAUUUGAUGUUUAUCAAGUCCCUGUGUUUGGGGCCAGCAUUGAUCCACUCAGCUAAGUUUGUGCUUGUCUUCCCUCUCAUGUACCACUCGUUGAAUGGGAUCCGACACUUGGACUAUCUUUCUGGAAACAUUGAUCUAAGUGUGCUGUCCCAUGGAGGGAGGAUGUUUUAUCUGUACAGUCUGGAAGCUGUGUAUAAAGGCCUUUGGCAUUCUGGAGCACAUUCACCGUCAUAUCACUACCACAUGAGAGGACUUGAUUUUCAGUCACUGGGGGAGUGGUGGUAGAUAUGGGACCUAGGGAAAGGCCUGUCGAUCUCCCAGGUCUAUCAGUCUGGAGUGGCUGUCUUGAUGCUUGCUGUGCUGUCCUCUGUAGGGCUGGCAGCCAUGUGAAGAGCUGAAAUUCCCAUCAUCGUCCUAUACAUUAUCACACUGAUUUAUAUUCCCAUUUAUCACUCUUAUCCCCAGUCACCAAGGUUCCCCUGAUUUGUUUAGAUGCCAUGUGCUUCAGAUCCCACUGGAGCUCAGUAGAGAGGCUUGAAGACCUGUAGUAGUAGAAAAAGGUCAUUUUCCCUGGGCCUGGAGCCCUUACUCCCAAUCCACAUUUGACUUUGAUUUGUGCUGAGGGUCAGCUUUCGACUCCUUCUUGCUGAGACAGUGGAAACAAUGGCAGUCCUGUGGCUGCCCUUGGUGCCACUGCCUGUGGGCUGCUGGCUUAAAGGACAGUUCGGUUCAUUGGUCAGCUCAGGGCCUUUAGCGCCCACACAGUGUGCCUGAGAGAAGAGAGGUGGAGGGAGGGAAUGGCUCUGCCCAGCUAGAGGGAGAGAAAGAGCGAGUUGGAUCUGGGGAGCUCAUGCUUGGGAAAAGAUAUAGAUGGAGCUUUUGAUGGAUGAGGAAGAUCCAAUGUGUUUUCUGUUCUGUUUUUCACUUCUAGUAAAACACACCUUUAAUGUCAUGUUUUCUAAUCUAAAUUCUUGUACCAUCUUCUUUGGAAAUGAUUAAAAUACUUCUCAUUUCAUGUUUCA